UUCAUCGUCAUGUGAUUUCUUGCGAGAGAGUUCAGAUUUUGACUGUUUCGACGUGAUGUUUUUACUGCUGUCUUCAGUAGCGUGGAUUUUAUCAUUUAAUUGUGCUUUCUCGGAUUCUGACACCAUUCCACAGGUAUGCAGUUUGUGUGUUGGGACUGUCGGUAAUGGCAGCGCAGUUUGGGACCUCUGCUACACCAAGAAGAGCUUUGUGGUCAAGGGACGCUGCUGCCUACAGACGCAGGAUGAGGAAAAUCAAAUCAUUGGGUUAGACUUGAAGAACUGCUCGCUGGCGGAAGUUGACGAUCUGCAUGAGGCCUACACCGCAGAAGUUGUAGACCUCUCCGAAAAUCCUCUCCAGAAUGUGUCAAAGUUGACGUUUCAUGGCUUCACCAGCAUGUAUUUUCUAGUUUUACCUCCAGUACUUGAAUGCCCGGGUGGAAAUGAAUCUUGGGAGAUCACAGAAGUGUCUAACAGCAUAAGGAUAUGCAAGAGGCAAAAAAGUGCCUGCAAUAGCACUGGAGAGCCGGCUUGGCUUUGUCCAGAAAACUCCUUAUGCCAACCAGAUGGCCCCGGGAUGUUUCAGUGUAUCUGCGUAGAUGGCUUCCAUGGCUACAAGUGUCUCCGAAUGGACGAGUUUCCUAUGGUGGAGAUGUUUGUGAUCCUUGGCACGGUGACAGCACUCGUGUCCAGCCUCCUCUGGGCGACCCAGCGCCGCAAGGCCAAGUCCUUCUGAGGUGACUCAAGAUUGGAGGGGAACACCCAAACAGGCUGCAGCCAAUGGGAUGGCAGGAGGUGGGAGUGGACAUGAAUUGAAGGUGGCGACUGUGAAAGGCUCAAUCGGCAGCAUCCUUCAGGACUUGUUUGCUGUUUGGACUCUGGACCACCGGAGGUAAGAAGAGAAAGUGAAAAUGGAUGAUUACAAGGACGCCGAGUCUUUCCAUCACCUGAGAGUUGUGUGCCGACAUUCUGCAAACCGUUCAUCGAGAUGCCAUCGUCAUGUGACGAGGCACAAUUCCAUUUGAAUGGUUGAGUAAAUAAGCAAAACUGUCGCUAUUGGGCUGAAACCAAUCCUCGUGAACUUCAUCAGGGACCCCCGCACGGUGAGCACACGUGUUACAGUUUGGUGCGCCGUUGUAGAAUUUGCCAUUGUAGGCCCUUACUUUUAUGGCGCGGGGGUGGGGGUUUUGGCAGCGGUCACCGUCACUUCAGAACGUUGCAUUGAAAUGCUAGAGAACUAGAAGAAAUGGACGUGGUGGACGUCUGGUGUCAACAGGUUGGAGCGACGGCUCAUACGGCACGGAGAUCCAUGCAAGUUUUCUGGGGAAACUGAUCUCCUCCCUGCGCACCGAUGUCAGGUGGCCUUCACGUUCGCCUGAUCUCGCUCCAUGCGAUUUCUUCUCAAGUCAAAGGUCUACACACACCGACCUCAGAACCUUGAAGCCCCAAAAAGACGCUAUUCGGCACGAAACCGCCGCUGUUCCUCCUGAAAUGGCCGAACGAGUCAUGCAUAUGUUCAGAAAUCGUCUCAUCACGUGUAUCGCUAAUGAUGGCCACCAUCUUCAUGACAUCAUUUUUAAAACGCUCAUUUUAAAAGCUCUUUUGUAUCCUCUUUCUUGUGUCGUAAUGAAAUUUAUUUGAUCUUGUAGUGUUUUUAUAGAAUAAACAUUUGAAAUGUG